AGAAUCCAGCUCCAUAAUAACGUUUAACAAUUCGAUAUCAACCCAUCUCUUUUCCUCUUUUGUUAUACAUUGAGGGCCUUUUCGUCAUUUCAUACCAUACUGUUCACUCAUGGCCUUCAUCUCGACGGCUAUAAAUCUCACUGGCCCUUCUCGCCUUUUUAAAUACCAACUCUACCCUUCCCAACCAUCGAAGAAGACGUGCUUCUCCAUUGUUCCCUUCCCGGAGACGCCAGCCUUCGUCCUCGCCGGUUGGCGCCGGCGAUUGAGCUUCAUUGCCGGAGCAUCUACUACUCGGGAAGAGGAGGUGAUGGGGGUUCGAGACAAGAAUGGUGGUGAGGAAUGGGGGAAGGUAUCGGCGGUGCUCUUUGACAUGGACGGCGUGCUUUGUAACAGUGAGGAUGUGUCGAGGAUGGCUGCUGUUGAUGUUUUCGCUGAGAUCGGUGUCUCUGUCACCGCUGAAGACUUCGUGCCCUUCAUGGGCACUGGGGAGGCGAAUUUUCUUGGAGGGGUGGCUGGUGUCAAAGGAGUGAAGGAUUUCGAUCGGGAGGCCGCGAAGAAACGUUUCUUUGAGAUUUAUCUUGAUAAGUAUGCUAAACCCAACUCUGGCAUUGGAUUUCCGGGUGCAUUGGAGUUAGUCAAGGAGUGCAAAAGUAGAGGGCUUAAGGUGGCUGUAGCUUCUAGUGCGGACAGGAUCAAGGUUGACGCCAACUUGGCUGCGGCUGGUUUGGAUUCAUCUUUAUUCGAUGCAAUUGUGUCAGCUGAUGCUUUUGAAAAUCUGAAGCCUGCUCCAGAUAUUUUUCUUGCGGCCUCUAAGAACUUAAAUGUACCCACUCAUGAGUGCAUUGUUAUUGAAGAUGCUCUUGCUGGAAUUCAAGCUGCCAAAGCUGCUGGAAUGAGAUGUAUAGCUGUGACCACUACGUUGUCUGAAGACUCACUAGAGCAAGCUAACCCUUCACUUAUAAGAAAGGAGAUAGGAAAUAUUUCAGUUCAGGAUAUUUUAGAUGGUGGUGAUUCUGGUUCGCAUAAUAAGAAGAUGCAGAACCUUCAAAAUAACAGUGCUCUGGAAGAUACAUCCUUAGAGCUGACAAAUGGAGAGGUUAAUUCUGGUAUUGUUCAGAAUAUGAACUCUGCUGGUGAGCAUGCCGACUUUCUUGGGUGGUUACAGGGUUCUCGACGUGACAUUUUGAGAUAUGGAAGUUUGGGAAUUGCUAUUUCUUGUCUUGUUUUUACUAUCACAAAUUGGAAGGCCAUGCAAUAUGCGUCUGUGAAAGGGAUUCUAAAUUUAUUUUCUAGAGUUGAUCGUUCCAUGUUUGGUCAGAAUGAAGGAGAUCCAGGAUCAUCAAGAAUUGAACAAAUGAAAAAAUAUAUCUCUGAUUUCGAAGAGAGUGGCUCUGGUUCGAGUAUGCCCGAAUUUCCAUCACAGCUUGAUUGGCUGAAUGCUGCUCCACUUCAGUUUCAAAGGGAUUUGAAGGGUAGAGUAGUUCUACUGGAUUUUUGGACAUACUGUUGUAUUAACUGUAUGCAUGUGCUGCCAGACCUGGAAUUCUUAGAAAAGAAAUACAGUGAUAAGCCGUUCACUGUUGUAGGAGUGCACUCUGCAAAGUUUGAUAAUGAGAAAGACUUGGAAGCAAUCCGCAAUGCAGUCUUGCGUUAUAACAUUGCCCACCCUGUUGUAAAUGAUGGUGACAUGUAUUUGUGGCGGGAAUUGGGAGUAAAUUCCUGGCCAACAUUUGUCAUUGUUGGACCUAAUGGAAAGAUCCUAGCGCAAAUAUCUGGUGAAGGACAUCGAAAGGAUCUUGAUGAUUUCAUAGAAGCAGCUCUUCAGUUCUACCAGGAAAAGAAAUUACUGGAGAACAGACCUAUCCCCCUAGCAUGAAAGGAUAAUGACCGUCCUUUGCUGGCAUCACCAUUGAAAUUCCCUGGGAAACUUGCCAUAGAUGUCUUGAACAACAGACUCUUUAUAUCAGACAGUAAUCAUAAUCGUAUAGUGGUAACAGACUUGGAUGGAAAUUUUAUUCUUCAAGUUGGGAGCAGUGGAGAAGAAGGCUUUCUUGAUGGUACCUUUGACAAGGCCUCUUUUAGACGCCCUCAGGGUUUAGCUUACAACCCAAAAAAGAACCUCUUAUAUGUGGCAGAUACAGAAAAUCAUGCCUUGAGGGAGAUUGAUUUCAUCAACGAGACAGUAAGAACUCUUGCUGGCAAUGGAACUAAAGGAUCGGACUAUAGAGGGGGGAAGAAAGGAAAUGCUCAGAUCCUUAACUCUCCAUGGGAUGUUUCCUAUGACCCCGUGAGAGAGAUGGUAUACAUUGCAAUGGCUGGACAGCAUCAAAUUUGGGAGCACAAUACAUUAAAUGGAAUUUCCAAAGCUUUCAGUGGAGAUGGCUUUGAGAGGAAUCUGAAUGGGUCAAGUUCUGAGAACACAUCAUUUGCACAGCCAUCUGGGAUCUCUUUAUCAACUGACUUUCAGGAGUUGUUCAUAGCUGAUAGUGAGAGUAGUUCUAUUCGUGCCCUUGAUCUGAAAACUGGAGGGUCAAGGUUACUAGCUGGAGGUGAUCCACUAUUCCCAGAAAAUUUGUUUAAGUUUGGUGAUCAUGAUGGAAUAGCCAAAGAUGCACUUUUCCAGCACCCAUUGGGUGUACUGUGCAGUAAAGAUUGUCAAAUUUAUAUAGCUGAUUCCUACAAUCACAAGGUCAAGAAACUUGACCCAGUUGGUAGAAGGGUUACGACAUUAGCUGGGACUGGAAAAGCUGGAUUCAAGGAUGGCAUGCCUUUGUCUUCUCAGCUUUCAGAGCCAUCAGGGAUUGUUGAAGCAGAGAAUGGAAAGCUUUUCAUAGCAGAUACAAAUAACAAUUUGAUCAGAUACUUAGACUUGAAUGCUAAAGAUCCUGUGCUGCGUACGUUGGAAUUGAAAGGAGUGUCGCCACCAUCACCUAAACAGAAAUCCUUGAAACGCCUUAGACGACGGGUAUCUGCAGAUACCCAAAUUAUUGCAAUUGAUGGUGGUUCUUCUUCGGAAGGGUACUUGAAUCUUUUUAUUUCAGUCCCCGAUGGUUACCAUUUCUCUAAGGAAGCUCGCAGUAAAUUUGAAGUAGAAACUGAGCCUACAGAUGCAAUAAACAUAGAACCCUCAAAUGGGUUUUUGAACCCAGAUGGAACUGUGUCCCUUCACUUCCAAAGAACAGCUGCUUCUCGUGCUAUGGGUAGCAUAAAUUGCAAGGUUUACUAUUGCAAAGUGGAUGAGGUGUGCUUAUACCAGUCACUAGCCUUUGAUGUGUCAUUCCAGCAACUAGUGCCAAAGCCUGAUCCUUCAGAGAUAAAGCUCUCCUUCACUGUUAUGCCUAAAGCAUCCCCUACAGGGAGCAAAGAUGAACGAGUAAUUGGAGACAAGUCCUGAGUGGCCAAUACAACAAGUACAUGUCACAUAGGAAUAAGGUUUUUUUUUUCAAAAAAAAAAAUAUUAUUUAUAAGAAAAAGAGGAGAAGAAAAAAAAAAGGAAAUUGAAAAAGUGGGUCAGGACUGAGAAGCAAGGCAAUGUGACACAAUAAUGGAGCCUUGCUUCCCUCAUGUGGGUGGCCAUUAUCAUUUCAAGAGCUGGUGGCUCAUCCUUAAAUAUAAAAAAUAUAAAUUAUAAAUUGCGAAUACUUAAUACUAUGCUCCCUCCAUGGCUAUAUAUUUGCUUACAUUA